AUGACGCUCAGGAUGAGACUCUUUGCCGAGAACAACGCGGAGGCCGAACAUUUCAGAGAACUAAUGGAGGAUUUCUUGAGAACGGCUACUCGUUUUAGGAUUGGGGAUUUCGUUCCUUUCUUAGAGCGGAUUAGCUUGGGCGCUUCUCUCGAUAAAUUGAAGAGCGUGCACAAGCGCCUUGAUCAAUUUCUGGUGAGGAAGAUGGAAGAACAGAGUCGUAUGCCUUUUUCCGGUGAGGAUGAUGGCAACAGGGACUUUCUACAGAUUCUACAUCAACUCAAAUCUAAUUCAGCCGGUGAGGGAGGACAGCUUUCCGAGUCUAAUAUCAAAGCCAUUUUAGUGGACAUGAUUUCUGCAGGAACGGACAGGGCUACCCGCACGGUAGAAUGGGCGAUGUCUGAGCUGAUCCGCCAUCCUCAUCUGAUAAACAAAGUGAGAGACGAAGUAGACGCAGUUGUGGGAAUGGAUGAGAGAGUAACGGAAUCUCAUCUUCCUCGCUUCAAAUACUUACAAGUAGUUGUAACGGAACCUCUUCGACUGUAUCCUCCAACGCCACUUAUGCUUCCUCACGCAUCUCCAGAGAGUUCAAGGGUAGUAAUGGGGCAUUUCAUUCCUCCAAAUUCUCGGGUGAUGGUGAAUGUGUGGGCCGUGGCAAGAGAUCCAAAUGCGUGGGAGAAGCCGCUGGAAUUUAAUCCGGAUCGCUUUGUGGACAAUCCCGUUCAUCUCGAUGGAAGAGAUUUUCGAAUAAUACCAUUUUUUGCAGGGCGAAGAGUGUGCCCCGGAUAUAAUCUGGGGCUUCGUAUUAUUCAUUUUGCACUUGCAAGCUUUAUUCAUGCAUUUGACUGA